AUGGAGGUAGCCAUAGGUGCGGCGCGAUGGGUGGUGGGCAAGGCGCUGGGCCCUGUCGCCGACGGCUUGCUGGAGGCGUGGGCUGCCAGCAAGGAGCUAGGCCCUAACGUUGACGCGCUAAAGAUGGAGCUUCUCUAUGUGCAGGGGAUGCUCAACAACUCCCGCAGCCGGAACAUUGACAACCCUGCACUUAACGUGCUGCUGCAGAAGCUGCGGGACCUCGCGUACAAUGCCGAGGAUGUGCUGGACGAGCUCGACUACUUCCGUAUCCAGGACCAGCUCGACGGCACCUACGAGGCCGCCGACGAGCAUGCCAGGGGCUGCGUGUGCAAUCUCUACCUCAACGCUCAUCACACCGCUAGAGCUGCUGGCAAACUGCUCUGCUUCUGUCCAUUUUUGCGUACGGCUAGCCGUGUUGAUCCAAGCGAGCCAAGGGAAGAAGAUACAAGGCAACAAGUACUCUGCUGCGCUUGGCCAUGUGCCAAGCAGCGGAGUGCACGCUCAAACACCCUGUCAGCGCCACACAACCACCAGGCCAACGAAGAGGUCAGAAGAUGCAUGCGCAAGCUCGCUUCUGGUGCUUGCAACACCAUCCGUCAUGUUGCUGGUCCGUGCAUCACUUUCACCUUGUGGACUUAUCCCCAUAUAUGGAUAGUUGGCGCAUGA